AUCCAAUUCCUUCAAAAGAAAGAAAACUGCCACUCAACCGUUCAGGCAACUAGCAAGAAAAGAAAGAAAACACGCAAAACUAAAAAGGCAAAACAAAAAAGGAAAUGGCAUUAGAGAAUACAGAUCACCUUCUUCUCUCUUUCUGCUAUCAAAGGGUGCCCUCCUGCAUCAAUUCUAUUUAACAGAAAGUGUAAACUGUCAAAAGUGGAGGAUAUACACUUAAGUAAUGGGAAACAAAGAAUCAAGAGUUGAUGAGUCCCAUGAUGCUUAUUAUCAACAAAGCCCAGAGAGUGCAAGAAACGUAGCGGCAACUGGAUACCCAUAUCAAUCUACUUCAUAUACAGGACAUUCUAGUGAUACUACAAACUACGAAGAUCAAGGUCCUUCACAUUUUGGAAGUUCACAUACGACCGAAAAUAAAAAGAAACAGCAAGCCUCCUAUAUAGCUGACAACUUUAAUUCCUUGGACCAGGUGAUUAAUGCGUUGAGAGAGGCGGGCCUUGAAUCAUCAAACUUGAUUCUUGGUAUAGAUUUUACAAAAAGCAACGAGUGGGCUGGAAAACAUUCAUUCAAUCACAAAAGUCUGCAUGCAAUUGGUAAUACACCAAAUCCAUAUGAGCAAGCCAUCUCCAUAGUUGGGAGAACUUUGUCUCCUUUUGAUGAGGACAACUUAAUACCUUGUUUUGGAUUUGGUGACGCCACAACACAUGAUCAACACGUGUUUAGCUUUUUCCCUGACCAUCGACCUUGUCACGGAUUUGAGGAAGCUCUUGCUCGUUAUAGAGAAAUUGUACCUUACCUAAAAUUGGCAGGCCCGACUUCAUUUGCACCGAUUAUAAAUGUUGCUACUGAUAUAGUUGAAGCAAGCAACAGACAGUACCAUGUCCUUGUCAUUAUUGCAGAUGGACAGGUAACCAGGAGCCUUGACACACCACCUGGUAUGCUAAGUCCGCAAGAACAGGCUACUGUUGAUUCUAUAGUUGCUGCAAGCGAUUAUCCUCUUUCAAUUAUUCUGGUUGGCGUGGGAGAUGGACCGUGGGAUGAAAUGCGUCAAUUUGAUGAUAACAUUCCUCAUCGGAAUUUCGAUAACUUCCAGUUUGUGAACUUCACAUCCAUUAUGUCUAAGCACAUGGAUAUUGAAAAGAAGGAAACAGCCUUUGCACUUGCUGCCCUUAUGGAAAUUCCAUUUCAGUACAGACUCGCCCAAAGCCUUCACUGCAUGGAAAACAAAAAAGGUCCUCGCGCAAGGCCGCUUCCUCCUCCACGUGAAGUAAUUGACCAUGAUCAUGUUAUACACGCUUUUCCACAUGCACCAAGCUUUGAACCAACAGCCCCCCUUGCUGCAGCAGAACAAGUUUGCCCCAUCUGUUUGACAAAUCAGAAGGACAUGGCUUUUGGUUGCGGUCAUCUGACUUGCAGGGAAUGUGGAGCCUCAAUAUCUUUAUGCCCGAUGUGCCGGGAGCCCAUUAAAACUCGUAUACGGCUGUAUGGUUGAGUUGCAGCCCAGCCCUGUAGCUUCUUCUGUUAAUAUAUUGAUGGAUUAACUUUGUCAAGAUACAAUAAAAUGAUGCUAUGAAAGCUUGUGUGUUGUACAGAAGUUCUCCUAGUUUUUCAGGUUUCUCAUUUGAAUUGAUGUUGUGUCCAUUUUUUAUGUAAAUAAACCCAGAAUAAAGGUUUAUGUUUGUACUUUGCAAUAGUGAAUAAAUAAAUUUUGAUGUAAUGAUAUGAUUGGAUAUUGUGAACUUGUUUCUUAGUGCAGAAAUUUCAAUA